AUGUCCUUCCUUGCUGCGCUCUGCGGGUGCUUCACCCGCAGCGAUGUCUCGCCUCAAACCUCGUCAAAACCGGAGAUGCAGACCACCGUCUCUUACACUCGAAGCGGUGUUCAAACAGGCAGUUUCAUCCUCAAUGACGAGGGUGAAUUUGUCCGCGCAGAUGGUCCUCCAGGUGGGCGAUCCGGGCACGGGCCCCCACCGAGUGACUCGGACACGAUUGGGGGCUAUGCCAGCGUGGUCCCGCUUCCGCAAUACACGCCACGCCCGAUGAGCAUUCACGAGAAGACUCUCGAAGCUCAUUUGCGUGACCCUCCCAUGUCCUCAGACUCUUCUAUUUACCAAGACGAGAAACGCCGUCACAUGUAUGAUGAAGAAGUGACAUCGGACAGCUCGUCAACUAUCUCGUAUCCGAGCAGCUAUGGUAAUACCUCAACCGCGACACGAGAGACGCCGCCACCUCCGUAUUCGCCCCGUCAUUCCGUUAUGUUGAGUCGAUCUCGCGCGACCUCCAUUUCCUCGGCAAUGGCUGUUACCAUCAACCCCCCGCCUAUGGCACGGCUAAAUGGUGCUCGUACGGGUCCUCCCCCUCCGAUGCUGACGAUCGAUCUAUUCGGCGUCACCGGAGAGCUUCAUGGGAGAGCCGUUAAUCAAGCUCAGCUUGACUUGGCUCUCAACCCUCUAUUUGCCGUCAUUUUUGGUGGACCUUCCCCUUCCCAUGCCUACCCUCAACAUUGGGCAUGGGAUCCACGAUGA